AUGGUUAUGGCUGUUCUGAUGGCUGUUAGACAAAAUGGAGAUUCAGUCUUUUUAUUUUUUGACAAGGAGCAAGGAAAAUUCUCUCAUCGAGUUUAUUCAGAUCCGCCAAACAAAAUUAGUGGAAGUCCAGAGAUUGGUAAAUGGUAUAAACUGGAACAUAGACACUGCACUAGUAAUCUCGCGUUGGGACAGAAAAUUAGUAUUUGUUCGCUUGCUGCAAUUGGGAAUCCUGUAGAGACUCGAAUAAAAAAUGGAAUUUUGGCACAGUUUAAUACAAAAGACAAAUUCAUUUCUGUAUGGCAUGACAAUAUUGAGAAAUGGCAUAACUAUAAAGCUUCUCCUGACGGCCCUUGGUGGCCUAAGCUCUGUUCAAUGUGUUACCCUUCUAGUUUUGUCGAACAUGAUAGACGAUUUCCACGGAUUCCUUCCCUUAUUCAUCACAUUCCACCGCCUAUUCCUCAUAUAAUUCCGUCCAUUCCUCCUCCUGUAAUUGCGCCACCACAAAGAUCAAACAGCCAGCCUUGGACGGACAAACUUGAUGGACUAAUUUACACAGAAUCUGAAGAAUGCGAUAGUGACGCAAGUAUUAGUAUUGGUCGUAAAGUGGCCGCUGGUUUAUCACAACUUGAUAAUUCGCCUCUUAUUGCUUACUCACCCCCAUUGGAUCAACAAAGGAAAACUAGUGCUCCAAAAACACGUCCACCGCCCAUUUCUGUUACUGGUAAACUCUUCUGCCGUGUAAAUAACAAAUCUUCUGACAACAUAGAUAACAUAAAUACAUCAACUAAUUCACUAAAUCUGACAAAAAAUCCAUCAAAAGUUGAUAUGUUUGCUGAACUUGUAAAAGAGGACCGGCAACAAAUGUCAAAUGAGAAUAUUGAGACAAUUACUAUGGGGUCGGUGAUUUGUGAAGGAGGUUUUGGCAGUGCUCGUAUGCGGAGAUUUGUAUCUGGUAGUGUAACAAGUUCAAACACAUCUCCAUCAUUGAAUUGA